UGCAACUGUAGGAAGUCCGGAGCACCAGAGACAGAGAGAGAGCAAGAGGGAAACAGAGGGAGAGAGAGAGAGAGAGAGAGUAAGAGAGAGAGGGAGGGAGCCGCUUUGCCGGGAGGCUGGGGCAAACCGCGUCCGAGGAAAUAUUAAUGACCUCACUACACAAGGUCCACGUGCUGAUACAACUGCAGUCCGUAGCCUCCCACCGCUGUACAUGAGAUCAUUUUGUCUGCCUCUACCGCGGCAGGCAGGAGAGGGGAGGUUAAGCCAGGGAUCCUUCUCCUGAUUUGGGAGCGUGGCAGCUGAAAGUGGAUCCGAAGUUCUCUGUCACAGACACUUUGUCCGGAGGGGAUUAAGCAGCUGGGAGGAUCUCCUUUCACAAGAUGAGCAGCUGCAGGAAGAGAUGCAAGAGGGAAAUUCUGAAAUUCGCCCAGUACCUCUUCAGAUUGAUCACAGGCACUCUGAACACAGACAGCGUUGAAGAUGAGCUGGAGAUGUCCACGGUUCGCCACCGUCCUGAGGGACUGGAACAGCUGGAGGCCCAGACCAGGUUCACAAGGAAGGAACUGCAGAUCCUCUACAGAGGCUUCAAAAACGAAUGUCCAAGUGGGGUCGUAAAUGAAGACACCUUUAAAGACAUCUAUUCACAGUUCUUCCCACAGGGAGAUGCGUCAACGUAUGCACAUUUUCUGUUCAAUGCAUUCGACACAGAUCACAAUGGAUCUGUGAGUUUUGAGGACUUUGUCAUGGGCCUUUCUAUUCUGCUGCGGGGUUCAGUACAAGAGAAGCUGAACUGGGCAUUUAAUUUGUAUGACAUUAAUAAAGAUGGAUAUAUAACUAAAGAGGAAAUGCUAGAUAUUAUGAAGGCUAUUUAUGAUAUGAUGGGGAAAUGCACAUACCCAAUACUGAAAGAGGAGGCACCCAGACAGCAUGUAGAGAUCUUCUUCCAGAAAAUGGACAAAAAUAAGGAUGGAGUGGUGACUAUAGAUGAGUUUAUUGACUGCUGCCAAAAUGAUGAAAAUAUAAUGAGAUCAAUGCAGCUCUUUGAAAACGUCAUUUAACACAAGACUGACUCAGAGUUCCAGAAUGGCCACUCCCUCCAUGUCCUCAGCUAUUUCUCAAGAGGACCUUCAACUUCAUACUGCAUAAUGUCAUCAGCAACUUGCUGGGAAGCGUAUGUCUGUAUAUUAUGCAAACUAAGCUUGUUUGAUGGUUAAACUCCUACUUGACCUUAUUGUUUCCCUUUUUUAAACAGUAG